AUGGCCCGCUUUGCCGUUAAGCUGGCCUUGGCCUCCAUCUACAUCGCCAGCGCUUGCGAUGGAUCGGGAGAAGAAUGUCCGCAGACACUUUCUUUCCUGCAGAUAGCUUUGGAGUCUUCUGCAAAGGAGCAGAGCCAGAGCUCCAAGAAAGGGUGUCCAACUCCUGAUGAAGCGUCCGGCCUUUUCGCCGGGUUGAUGCCAGGUGUGCAUAACCUCACUGAGGUUGAGGUGGUGGAAAUCUGUGUCCAGCUCCCUCUAUGCGUGGACAGCAGCACGGUGGCUACGCAGAAUGCCUGGGCUCAGGCUGGAGCCAUCGACUUCGUUGCAGCUGCCUUGAACGAGUUUCCGGUGACUGAGACGGUAGUAGUUACAUGCACGCUGGGCAUGGCUCCUCUGAUCCUGUUCAAUCGCGAGAACGGUCUGCGUGCCGGUAAACUCGGGGCAUUGAAUGUUACCCUGAACUACUAUGGCUCCCACCUCGACAGCUUUCCGGUCAUGGUUCUGGGGGGCGCUAUUGGUGCAUACUUCGACUUCGUCAACGAGAACAGGGCCAUUGCCCGCGAGCUUGGCGGCGUGGAAAUGUUCAUCCAAAAUAUCCGGAACAACUUUCACGGGCAGUACAGUGACUGGGCAGUUGAGCCCGUCAAGCAGUCUCUGUACGCCUUGUCUUCAGGCACAUGGACCAACGGAGACAUCGCCUACCAUGAAGGCUUCCCCUCGCUGGGAGUGCAACUGAUGAAGGAACACGGAAACGAGACAAAGAUUGCCGAAGAGACCCUGCAGGCGGUGAAGGCCAUGGCAUUCGAGUCCAACUUCUACCGCAGCAGAUGGUCGGAGUUGGGUAUCUUUGAGGUCUUGCCAGGCGUGCUGUACGACAAUCCCACCGACGGGGGUGCCAUCAGUCUCGUCUGCGAGGCCACACAAUAUGUCAUCGGAACAGACCAACCACUGGGAGAUCCCGUUUCGUCAAUUCACGUCAUCCCUUUCAAUGCCAGUAUCCAGGAGCAGGCAACCAAGGGCAAAAUGUUGGAGGCACUUCUGGCUGCUGCCAUGUCAGACGCCGAGUUGGUGCAGUUUGACCACGAGUCCUUCAACUUCAACUUGGACUUGGCGUAUCCUGCCAAGAGGAACUGCUUCGGCGCCCUGCUUGUGAUGGGCAAGGACAAUCCAGCGAACCUGAAAGCAAUGCGCGAGGCUGGUCUCGCUCAGUCCAUUCGCAAGGAGUGGGAGUCCUUCGACUUACUGACUCGGACCGCAGCCUGCGCGCUCCUGGGAGAGCUGGGAGUGGAGGUGAACCUUCUCUGUCCAUUCGCAGGUUAA